GGGAGGCUACUGGUCAGACACAUCAGCAGGAGGCUACUGGUCAGACACAUCACACACCAUGGUGCAAGGGGAGAGACACAAGAGGUUCCGGAAUGUGGUGCAUAAGGUGGUGGUGCUGCAGGCCAUCACUAAGUGCUUCAUACACAAUGCAGAGGAGGCUCUCGGCUACACUUUUUGGGGGGAUGUGGCCAUCCCCAGAUUUGCUUCAGAGGACACAGACACUUCCUAUAAUGAAGGGGAGACCAGCAAGAAGAUGAAGAGGAAGAACAGAGGAGGCCUAUCGUUUGACACCAGCUUCUUUAAGAGCCAGUAUGAGUUUACAUUCCCAGAAAAAGCCAUAGAGGUGGCCCUACGCCGGCCAGAGCAGAGAUCAGAGCAGGACAUUCGCUUUAUCCGCAGCAUGAUGAUGGGAAUUCUCAGCUUCCGGAGAUACAGCACCCAAAUGCAGCUCAUGUUGGCACGAGUCGUCUAUUACCGGAGGUUUGGAAGGGGCAGAGUCAUUGUGCGAAAGGGACAUCGAGGAGACAGCUUCUACUUUGUCUUCUCUGGAGUCAUUGCAGUAACCCAGGAUGUAGAUGGCAGCAGCGCCCUUUUGGAUCCAGAACCCAUCUUGCUUCACAAGGGGGCCAGCUUUGGGGAAGUUGCGUUGCUGAAGAACCUGAGAAGAAAUGCAACAGUUGUCUGCAUGGAGGAGACCGAGUUCCUGGUAGUGGACAGGAUGGAAUUCUUCAAGAAUAAACUGGACCAGGAGCUCCAGAAGGAGUUAAAGUACAGGUUUCAGCUCUUCAGAUCCCUGGACCUGUUUUCCAGCUGGUCUGAUGAAUCUCUGGAGACCUUGGCCGAUUACUGCAAGGCAGAGGAAUGUCACCACAGCCAAGUUAUGGUGAAAGACACACAUGAGACCAAAAACAUCAUCUUUGUCACAAAGGGGCGCUGUGAGGUCCUACGUUUGGUGCAUCUCAGCCAAUGUCCUUCCUUCCUGAAGUGGAUCAAGCAACACGAAGCUCUCACUGGCAAACCCAUCCUGGGCCUUCACCAGGGGGAAAUAGGGAAGUCUCAUGGAGGCAGCAGGUUUUAUGGAACCUUAACCAAUCAGAGAGAAGCGCCAAACCUCACUGCACCGAACAGCAACUUCUCAGACAAGAGAAGCCCCGUGUCUGUGGAGGAUACAGUCGUGCCCAAAUUACUUCCUGAUGCUCCAGGGAGUCUGGACCUACCCAGAAGCCUUAUGGCCGGAGUCUACCUGCGUAUUGAUACCAUCCACCCCGGCCAGUAUUUUAGAGGAGUGGAUGUGGAUUACAUUGAAUCCUGUUUAGAGCGAGACGGCCGGCCGAUUCAUGAGCCGAGCUCCACUUGCCUGUCCCAUUCAUAUCACAAAGACCCCAGGUCCAUGGUGAUUGUCAGUCAGGGGGCAGAGGUGAUUCGUGUCAAACUGGACAAGUUCGCAGAACUGACCGACCUCAACACCCUGAAGAAACUGAAGGAGGACAAACUGCCGUAUCCCAGUGACAAUGAGCUGUGCAGAAUCUUCCUAGAACAGAACAGGUGGAAGGUUUUCAAAGAAGAUCUAGUGACUACUCUGAGCUCAGCUCCAAGUCCCAGUGCCAAUGUCCACCCAAAGCAGAAGAACAGGUCCCACAGUGGAACGGAGCAUAAGAUUCACACGGCAGCCAGAAGGGGGAUCCUGCAGCUGGGGAGCCGCAAGCCAAGCAAUGUGAAGAUCUGGACCACGCCAGUGAAAGAAAAUGAAUCUGACCCGGGGGUACAGCAAGAACAGGCCCCGAUCCGGCUCAUUCACGGCAUCGAUAUCCCAAAGCUUUGUGGGAAGCGAAUCAUGUGGUGAUGCUCAGGACAUGUCAUGUUUGAUGACCCGAGGAUGUCACCCCAAAAUAACUAAAAGGCUCUUUCUGAUAGGCCAGUGCCCAGCAAUGCAGAUGGAGCUGCACAUGGAAAGUGUGAGAAUUUACUGACGGGUGCAUAGGUUACUGCACAGAAUAUUUCUAUUCACACAUGAAGGUAGGAGUGAUCAUACCGCUUGCCUCAGCUAAAGUUUCAAUCAUGUUUAGGAACCAAUAAAAAGCUCCACCAUAGCCACAGUCACAUAAAUGAUAUGAAAAUGGACGAGUUAUUCCCUAUUGACUCACAAUAAAACUUUCAUUGCUUCCUCCUGACCAUGGGAGAAGCAUCACAGG